GAAUUCUAAAACGCGCGCGACCGUUUGUUGUUGUUGAUAUGUGAAACGUUAGCUCGUGUUAGCCAAAUUUCAAUGUAUCACGGUGAAGUGAGGCUUAGCUUUGAUAGCUGGCAGCGACAUGUGAGCCACUGCUGCGAUUUUUUUCUUUCCAUACGAUAUUUUAGCUUACAUAUUAAGUGACGAUACGUGGUGAUAAUUGUUUCUGGUACGAGUGAGGACAGGUAGUGGGUGUUGUUAACUUGGUUCUCAGCUAGCUGACGUUAGCUGCGUGAGCUGUCUGCUCGACAUAACAAGCAAGUCAAAACGGGUUGAGUUAAGUUGGGACGUGGAUGUUGCAAAUGUCUAACUCCACAGAAAUGACUCUGCCACCCGAAUGGGACGACGACGAGCGGAUGAAUUUCAUGUUCUCGGACUUCAGUGAGAACCGAGACGUCAACACGACGGAUUGGGACAGUAAGAUGGACUUCUGGACGGCUCUGAUCAUAAAAUGCUGCAGGGAACGAGGCACCGUGUGUGUCAGUCUGCAGGAUCUGAACAAGACCUUUAGAAGGAAAGAAAAAUCACCGCUGGGCUUGGCGACUGUCGUGCAGUCCAUGGCCAGGGGUGGGAAGAUCCAGAGGGAGUCCGAGUUUGCUGCUAAUGUGGACUGUGGCUGGGUGUCCUGGGGUGUUGGCCUGCUGCUCGUAAAGCCUCUGAAAUGGACCUUUUCCACUCUUCUGGGAAGCAGCCGGGUGCCUUUGGAGGAGUCUUUUGUUGUCCUUGAACUAGUAAAGGAGAAAGCAGCAGAAUUACUCAGGGUGUACCGGAGCAGUGAAUAUGCAAACCACUCCAUCAUGUCAUUUCAAGAGCUCUGCACUCUGUCCUCUGAUGUCUGCACUGAUGAGAGCACCCUCUGCAUGGCUCUGCUGCAGCUACAGAGGGACAAGCAAGUGACUGUUUCAUUGCAUGAAGGCGAGAAGAUUGUCAAGUUCUGUCAGACUGGGCAAGAUCGCAUUUCACCUGUCAGUGAUGUGGAUAUGGGCAUCUACCAGCUGCAGCGCAGUGAGAAGCUGCUGGGAGAGCGGGUGGAGAAACUGGGCCUUGAGGCUGACAAGUGCAAAGAAGAAGCGAAGGUACUGCUCCGUGAAGGGAAGAAAUCACAGGCACUGAGGUGUUUAAGAGGUCGCAAAAGGGUAGAAAAGAGAGCAGAUAGCUUGUUUGCCAAACUGGAAUCCAUCAGAGGAAUCCUUGACAGAAUCGCCCAGUCACAGACUGAUAAGAUGGUUAUGCAGGCAUAUCAGGCAGGAGUGUCAGCCCUGAGACUCUCUCUUAAGGAUGUGACUGUGGAACGGGCUGAGAGUCUUGUGGAUCAAAUCCAGGAGUUAUGCGACACUCAAGAUGAGGUGAACCAAACACUAUCCAGUGGUGUGACCAGUGCAGAUGAAGACAUGGAUGAGUUGGAGGAGGAACUGAAAUCUUUGUUGGACGAGUCGAAGCCAGAUUCCAUCUCAGGUUUACCUGAAGUUCCAACAAACCGCCUGCGACCCUCUGAGGACUACUCGGGUACUGACCUGCUCAGUUCUCUGCCUGCCGUACCUUACCGCCCGCUCGACAUCACCGCUGAGCAGCUGGAGGAAGAAUUAAAUCAGUUAACGCUUAUAGAUUCAGGUGUUCAACAGAAGAAAAUGACGUCGCCAGCCAAGAGAUUAGAGCCUGCACAGUGACGGCACAGACAAAACAUGGCAAGUUUGAAGCUCUGCAUCAACAUAUCAAACUGUAUCUCCUAAAUGUUUUCUGAAGAACUACAUUAGCAACUGCUAAACCAAUCAAUUAAUUGUAAGGGUUGUAAAAUCAAUAUCAGGAUAAAAACAAGGCACUUUCCUUCAUUAAUGAAAAUAAAUAUGCCUUUUCUGUGGAGGCAUGCCAAAAAGGAUUUUUAAAAUACUUUUUUCUUUAGUAAAGAAGCUUUUCAAAGCUUUUCAACUACAAAGCUUUCAGAUCAUCAAUAUCUGAAGGAUCUCAAGUAAUGGAGAACGUUUUAACAGUUAAAGAUAUUCUCUUUGGUAUGCCGCCACCAGGAAUGCUUUUAAUAUUGUGGUAUUUUUUUGAAAAGAGAGUGAACAAGUAUAUUUGUCGUUUGUAGUGUGUGUUUAUUGAUGUCUCUAAAUGUCCCUCAUUGACAGUCAUGUAAAGUGUAUUAAGUGGCCUUUUGAACUGUAAAUGUGAAACUGAAAGUUAAGAGAAUAUUAUGCCAAAUGAUUUAUUCAAUAAGUAUAUUUAGUUUCACUGGAACAUACCUGUGAGGAAUGAGGAGCCUACCUAAAGUGAGUUUAACCAAAUAUGUUUCUCAAAAUAAAAUUUAUUUUAAUCACU